AUGUUCUCCCUCGCCCUUUUCACCCUCGCGUUGUCCGCCGCGCUCUCGUUAGCUGGUCCCGCCAAGCGUGCCCCGGCUCUCGAGGUCUCGCUCUCCGCGCCUGCGAACGUGGCGUCGAUAGACGAAAUCAAAAUCACCGCGGCGGUCACCAACACAGGCUCGGAGGACGUCAAGGUGCUCAAGUACGGCACCGUUCUUGACGGUGCGCUCGCGACGCGCUCCUUCAAGGUCUCGAAGGGCGGCGUCGAGGCCGACUUUAUUGGCAUCAAGCUCCAGAUCGACAUGUCCCUCGCCGGCGACUCUGCGUUCGUCGUCAUUCCGGCCGGCGAGACCAUCCUCGUUGAGCACGAUGUCGCGCCCCUCUUCGACUUUGAGGCGCUCGGCGCGGGAUCGUUCGAGUUCGAGCCCCUCACGACCUUCCAGGUCGUCGAUGAGGAUGCGCGCCCGAACGCGUACAAGGUCUCGGUCAAGACCCUGAAGGUCAACGUCAAGUCGGACGUGCAGAAGCGCGAGCUCCGGGCGAUCGACAAGCGUGCGGUCGUCAGCUGCUCCUCGUCGUCCAUGGCGAGCUUCAUCUCUGCGAGCUACACGGAGGGCAAGUCCCUGGCCUCGAUCGCGUCGAGCUACAUCGCGAGCAACGGCGCGAACUCGCUCUUCCGCUCGUACUUUGGCUCCAGCUCUACGUCCUCCGUGCGCAGCGUGCUGAACGCGGUCGCGAACGAGAACUCGAGCAGCCGCACCCUGAACUGCAGCGACCCGUACGGAGUCUGCGGGUCCGGGGUCAUCGCUUACACCCUCAUUUCCGGUUCGCGCCCCAUCUACUACUGCAGCAUCUUCUACAACGAAGUCGCCACCUCGCGCCUGUGCAGCGGCACGACCGUCGCCUCCCGCAACGUCCGCGGCGGCACCACCCUGCACGAGCUCACGCACGCGGCGUCGAACACGGGCGACGUUGGGUACGGGUGCGCGUACGACAUGUCCCUCGCGGCGUCGUCGCCCAGCUCCGCGCUCUCCAACGCGGAUAACUACAACUGCUUCGCCACCCAGGUCUACCAGAACACGCAGUGCUGA